GAGGAACAGUGGUGUGCAGGUGGAGGUCACACGAGUGGAGCGGGGGGGAAGGAGCAUGGCAGCAGCCUUAAUGCUCCGCGGAUCCGCCAGCUUGUUCUGCAAGCCCAGGACUGUGCACGCUGCCAGCCUCGCACUGGUGUGUUCUAGGGCAAUGGCCUCCAAAACCCCCGUUGGAUUCAUUGGGCUGGGUAACAUGGGAAAUCCAAUGGCCAAAAACCUGGUAAAACAUGGAUAUCCUGUUAUUGCAUAUGAUGUAUUCCCAGAAGCUUGCAAAGAAUUUCAAGACUCGGGUGCACAGGUAACGGAUUCUCCAGCAGAUGUAGCAGAAAGAGCAGACAGGAUUAUUACUAUGCUACCCUCCAGCCCCAAUGCAGUAGAAGUUUACAUGGGAGCAAAUGGAAUUCUAAAGAAAGUGAAGAAAGGUUCCUUGUUAAUAGAUUCCAGUACUAUUGAUCCCGUAGUUUCAAAGGAACUGGCUAAAGCAGUUGAAAAAAUGGGAGCUGUUUUAAUGGAUGCCCCUGUUUCUGGAGGAGUUGGAGCCGCUCAAGCUGGAAACCUUACUUUCAUGGUUGGUGGAGUGGAACAAGAGUUUGAUGCUGCCAAAGAGUUGCUGACAUGCAUGGGUUCCAGUGUGGUCUAUUGUGGAGAGGUUGGAACUGGACAGGCAGCCAAGAUCUGCAACAACAUGCUCUUAGCUAUCAGUAUGAUUGGAACUGCUGAAGCUAUGAAUCUUGGAAUCAGGUUAGGGCUUGACCCAAAACUGCUGGCCAAAAUCCUAAAUAUGAGCUCAGGUCGUUGCUGGUCAAGUGACACUUACAAUCCUGUUCCAGGAGUAAUGGAAGGAGUACCUUCUGCUAAUAACUACCAAGGUGGCUUUGGAACAACACUCAUGGCUAAGGAUCUUGGCCUGGCACAGAUUUCUGCUACCAACACUAAGACGCCAGUUCCCCUGGGAUCUCUAGCACAUCAGAUCUACAGGAUGAUGUGUGCAAAGGGCUAUGCCCUGAAAGACUUCUCAGCCGUGUUCCAGUUUUUACGUGAGGAGGAGAACUUGUGAGCUAUUUUUCAGCAACGGACACUAUUGCAAACCAAACGCUUUUUUUUUUUUUUUGGAACCUUCUUGUUGGUCAUUUGCGAAAUAGUUGGGUUUAGUCAGUGGUCACAAGUCAUGAUUCCGAUCGCAUGCAGAUCUCUCUGCUUUUGGUUGUCCAGGUCACAGCAAACUCCAGGAUUUUGCAUCAUUUGAUUGGUGGAAAAAAGAGUUGUUUGUUUUGGCUGUACAGUAACAGUUUUUUAAGAAGCAUGGUAAGAUUUUCACAAGCAAAUACUUUUUAUUAAGUACCUAAUUCUUUGCAUAUAAAACACCUGACAUUAUGGCUAUUAAUUGUACAAAGUAGUUAAACUGAGUCUUAAAUAGUAAAGGAAUAACAUUUGGUGGCCAGUGUUACUGAUAAACUGGCUUUCAUUAGUUCCUAAUAAAAAUGAAGGUCUUUGUGGAAAAAGGGAAAACUCUAACAAAGAAGAAAUGCAUCUGAGAUGGAUUUUCCUCCCACUUUUUCUUUCUUAAAUAUACCAGCUUUUAGUCUUAAAAGUGGGUCGAGUUCUCCUUCAUAUUAGUGUUCCUGAUUUAAACUUCUCAGUGAGUGUAAGUAAGUGGAAAGCUGUUACAAAAUGUUUAACUGAUAGACUUAGCUCAAAUAACAUGGUAUGUAUGACUCUCUUGUAAAGCUCUAUUAUUAUAUUUUGCUAACCCAAUUUUAUAUUUUCUUAUUCCCUAUUGCACAUUUUCAAAGUAGAUAAAUAGCACCUACUAAAAAUUCUAACAAAUGUACAUUGCUUUAAGUAAUUACUGCAAUAUUAUAAAUCUAAAUAAAUCCCAUUAUUUUGAAGUCAAAUAAAAAUCUGUGCUGCUAAAUGCCUGCUAUAAAGUUGUUUGUGGGUUUUUAAUGCAAUCUUGUACUAGAUUUUUCAUAAAGCAUCCUGCAUAAGCAUUGCAUAACUCUUCUUAUGAAAUGUGUAAAGUGGCAUAUUUGGAUAUUCAUUUCUCAAAGCAUUCCCUGAUCCCUGAACUUACAAGGGCUCAUACAUGCUAUAUUUUAUGUAUGUGCAUGUGGACCUCGGUAGAACUUCUCAGGUGCAUAAAUAUUUGCUGAAUUGGGGACUUAAUGGUCAGGUAUGUAUUUCAUAAGCUUACUUUCCACAUUUUAUGGAUACAGUUGCCCAUUUAAUAUGCAUAUGCAAUUAAUACAAUUGUGAGCAUGGGUUAGCACCAUAUGUGUAUGGAGAAUUCUCUGAAAACUAAUUGAUAGUGGACACUUGACUUGUACAUUUUCACAACUUCAUACAAAACUCUUCAAAUAAUACUGGUAACUUACUUGCCUUUAAAAGAUGAUUUUUGGAGUAUGGUCACAUGAACAAGUCACUGCAAGCUAAGGUUGGGUAUGAACUUAUAUAGCUUCUGAUGCUCCAUAGUAGUAGUGGCCUGUCUGCAUGUUCUUACUGUACUUUAACUGAGGAGAAAGUUACCUUGCAUUUACUAUGCUGUAAGAGCAUGCGUGUAGCUAGUUACCAUGGAGUAGCUGUCAUAAUAUAAACUUACACUCUAACUUGUCUCAUGAUGACUUGUUUAUAUGCUCCUAUCCUUUCGUACCAAAAUAGAGCUCCGGGUUAUUAAGGGUCUUUAGUUCAUCACUAGUAUAGAUAGGCAUAAUAUUACUGAAAACACAUUGGCUACCAGAGGUGAAAGGUGUGUGUUGAAUGAAGCAAGGGAUUAUAGGAAGACUGUAGUCUAGUUUGUGCCUCCGCUACAUAUGAAUCACAUGGCUGAUUCUCCUUCAUGCUAUCUUGAUGCCCAGCAGGGGAGCUAAUGAGGAAGCAAAAAACCCCCCAGACACUAUCCUAGCUCAGCCUGGAGCACUGAGGGCAAUCUUUAAAGAGAAUAUCUGGAAUGUCCCAUAGUCCUGGGUUGGUAGAAGCAUUCUUAGUUGCUCUGUGAGGAUGGCAUUUGCAAAGACCAUUGCACACUAUUUAGCAUUGAGGUGAAGCA